GACCCAACAGGAUCAUUUUAUUCGAUCUGGAUACCUAACAUCUCUGCUGCUGAAGGACUUCUGAAGACUACACGUCAAGAUUGCUGUCAAAAUGAGCGAAACACCUUCAACUAGUUACUCAGUGAAUCAGCCAAACUCCUCUGAUAGUGAACAGAGUUUAUCCACGCGCCAUUUCAAUGUUACUGAACCUGUUGUGGCAAAACGGAUUUGCUUCUAUAAGAGUGGAGAUCCCCAGUUUAAUGGGAUCAAAAUGGUCGUUAAUAGCCGGUCUUACAAAACGUUUGAUUCCUUGCUGGAUAGUUUAUCCAAACGGGUCCCAUUACCUUUUGGAGUGAGGAACAUUAGUACACCAAGAGGGAGACACAGCAUCACCAAUUUGGAGGAUCUCGAAGAUGGAAAAUCUUAUAUUUGUUCCCAUCAGAGAAAAAUGAAGCCCAUCAACUUGGAACAGGCCAGCAAAAAGCCACUGCCCUGGCAGAUCAGCAGGCCUGUCAGUGCUCAUGGAUUUGGCCAUCGAGAAAGAAAAAUAAUAACUCCCAAAAAGAUGCUUGUUUUCAAAAAUGGAGACGUAAGACUUAGGCGCACCAUAGUUUUGGGAAAGAAAAAUACCCAAACGUUUGAGGCCUUUCUGGAUCAUAUGAGUGAGUUAAUGCAAUAUCCAGUUGCAAAACUAUAUACUACUGAUGGCAAAAAGGUUCCUAAUCUUCAGGCCCUGAUAUUGUGCUCUGGAGCUGUAGUCGCAGCAGGAAGAGAACCUUUUAAGCCAAGCAAUUAUGAAACUCUUGGGUAUUUACGGCCUGCUAAAUUACUUGGAAUUGGAAAUCGUGUGUACCCAAAAGCCAAUGCCAAGUCAGAAAGUGAAAAGAGUAAGAAAUGGAAUGUGUCAGUCCUCACCAGUGAUAUGCCAUCUGCAGGAACAAGUUCAAAGGUUUAUAUUACAUUGUAUGGGGAUCAAGGCAGUUCAGGUCCUAUUUUUCUUGAUGGAGACAAGGGAAAAUUAUUUCAGAGAGGCAAUGAAGACAUCUUCACAAUUAAUACUAGAAAUAUAGGAGAUCUCUACAAAAUACGCAUAGGACAUACAAAUGCAGGAAAUUCCCCUGCCUGGCACUGUGAAGAGGUGCAGUUGCUGAACCUUUCCUCAGGGGAGCAGUUUUCUUUCCCUGCACAUCGAUGGCUGGCCCAGGACCAGUCUGAUGGGAAGAUACCUGUGGAGCUUCCUGUUUUACAGCAGGGUCAACCCAUCCUUCCAGUGACUGUCUAUGAAGUGCAUGUGACAACAGGAGACCUGUGGAAUGCUGGAACUGAGGCUGAUGUCUAUAUUUCUGUCUAUGGAGAAAGAGGUGAUACAGGAUCAAGACAGCUGCUCAGGUCACAGAAAUCCAAGAAAUUUUUAAAAGGACAAACUGACAUCUUUGCUGUUGAAGCUGUGCACCUUGGACAUUUGUACAAGAUUGUUAUAGGACACAAUGGUCUUGGAUCAGGAAAUGGAUGGUUUCUGGACAAAGUUGUAAUCAAGGAUCCCAUAACAGAUUUGGAUUAUACUUUUCUAUGUCACAGGUGGCUGGAUCAGGGGCAGGAUGAUGGCAAUAUUGCUAGAGAACUGGCUGUGACAGACGCCAGCACAUUUCCAGGAAGACAAGAGCUGGAACUCAAGAGAGAAGAAACUUGGGCUGCUGAGAAGUGGAAAUUUCAGAAAGGAAAUACACUUCAAUUUUACAACAGGCUCACCCAUGGCUUCAUUUGCCUCAACCCAGAUAGCAGAGUGGAUGCUCUUGGUGACAAGAAAAACAAAUAUGGUUUUUUUGAUGUAAAUGUCAAAAGGAGAAAUAUCUAUAUGUUCAGCAGUCAUCAGAUGCCACGUCUUGCUCUCGCUCUUGUCAAUGGCCAUGUAACUGGAAAGAGCAAAGACAAGGCAUGCUGUAACCUCCAUGUUCACCUUCAACCAAAUGGUUGUGCCAUUCUUGAGUCAGCCAGCUACCCAGGUCACAUUGUGACUUUCAAUCUUCAAGGCGAAGUAGCUGAUGAAACAACAGGAUAUGCUGGGAUUUCCAAAGAGUUUGUUGUGCAUGUCAAGGGUGUGUUUCAUCAUGGUGCCAUCAUUCUGCUCAACACAAGUCUCUGCCAGGCUCUGUCCCUUAGACCUGAUGGGAGCUGCAGUGGAGCAGGUCAGAAGCAGCAGGAAUCCUACUGGAAGGUGCAUAAAAUUGGCUCUGGACUCUGUAUGUUUGAAAGUGUGAGAAAACCAAGAAUGUAUCUGAAGAUCAAAGAUGACCAGUGUGAUGGAACAGGCACAGGUGAUGAAUACUGUCACUUUAAAAUUGAGAAGAAUUUGGAAACUGGAUCUAUAAGUCUAGAAUCAGUGCAAAACAAAGGGAUAUAUGUUGGUCUCCUGCCAGAUGGCCAAACUAAACCAGUCGUUAACACUGGAGAGAGAAAUAUUUUUUUCUACCCACAGGUCAUUAAAUUUGGCCGGGAAGAACCUAUGGGAACCUCUGCAGCACCCAAUCAAGAGAAGAAAGACUUCAGAGAAUCUCAACUCCAACCAGGAAAAGCCCAGAAGCUGGUAUCUCAAAGCCCUUCAACUCCCCCAUCCUCCAAGGAAAUGAGAAAUCCCCAAGGUGGUGAGCAUCCCCUUCCUUCAGAUGAUGAAUGGAAAGUGUCAAUACUGACAGGAAAUGCAGGAACUGAAGCGAAUGUUGCUCUCUGGAUAUAUGGAGACAGAGGAGUAGCUGGACCAAUAACUCUUGGCGAGGACAACAGGAAGCAGCUGUUUCUUCCCAGGCAGGAAGACGAAUUUCAGGUUGAAAUAAAAAGCAUUGGGAAAAUCUACAAGAUAAGAAUUGAAUUUGAUGGAUUACCAAAUGAACAAUCAGAGUGGAACUUACAAAGGGUGACACUGCAACAUCUAAAGAGCAAGAAAACACUGAAUUUUCCAGCAAACACACGGUUAUCAAAGAAUUGUGAUGGCAGAGGAUUUCUCUGUGAACUUCCAGUAGUGGAAGCUGGAAAACCUAUCUAUCCAAUUGUUUUAUACCAUGUUUAUGUCUACACCGGUGACUUGGAGCAUGCUGAUACAGAUACUGCAGUUUAUUUGUGCAUCUAUGGAAAAAGAGGAGAUUCUGGUCUAAGACUUCUGCAUAAAACUGGUAUGCCAGUGACAUUUCAGAGAAGAAUGGUCAAUGUUUUUGAAGUGGAAGCUGUAUCUCUUGGGAAGCUGCAGAAGGUGCUGUUGCGCUGUGAGGCCAAUACCAAGCCCCAGUACUGGUACUGUGAUAAAAUCGUUGUCAGAGAAGCCUCCAGCAACUCAGAAUAUGUUUUCAAUUGUGAAAGGUGGAUUCCAUUUAUGUCCCAAGGUAUAAUCCAAUCAGAAAUUGAGCUGUACCCUCAAGAGUUUAAAAAAAAUCAGCAUCUGAAAAUUCAAGAGGCAAAUGAAGGAGACUGGAAGAUUACUGUAGUCACAGGGGAUUUUGAAACAGCUGGCACAACAGCAACAGUAUCCCUUUACGCUUAUGGAGAAAACAAAGCUUCUGGUCCUAUUAUUUUGGGAUCUGGGAAACACCAGCUGUUUAAUCCCAGCAGUGAAGAUACAUUUAAGAUUAAUCUCGGAGAUCUUGGGCAGCUAUAUAAAAUCCGCAUUGGCCAUGACAACACUGGAAAUGAUCCCAGUUGGUACCUGAAGGAAGUCAAACUUGAAAGAGUAGUCCCUCGUUCUGAUGAAGAGAUUUGUCUCCCCAUAGAGUGCUGGCUUGCAGAAGACAAGGAUGAAGGUGAUACGUGGAGAGAAGUGGCAAUAAGAAACCCUGCAAAGGAGCUUUUGCCAUUGUUGGUGUACGAGGUCCAUGUAUACACAGGUGCUGAACUUGGUGCUGAAACAAAUUCCAACGUUUAUAUCAACCUCAUUGGGAUAAGAGGAGAUGCUGGCAAAAGGAAGCUCCACAGAUCUAAGAAUAAUAAUGUAAAAUUUCAACGUGGACAGAUGGAUAUUUUCUGCAUAAAGGCUGUCUCACUGGGAGACUUGGAGAAAGUUCUGAUUAGCCAUGAUGGAGCUGGUCCAGGCAAUGGAUGGUUCCUGGAUAAGAUUGUCAUCAAACAUAAAGAAGGAGAGGAAGCUCAGGAGGUUGUAUUUCCUUGUAAUAGAUGGUUAGAUGAAUGCCAAGAUGAUGGGAAAACUGAAAGGGAGCUAACUGCCAAUGAGGAUGGCAGUUCAAUGAAGGCGUUCCUCAAAGUGAAAAUCAAAUUAUUUGCAUUCAGUCAAACAGUUUUAUUGUUCCAUGGCAACAUAACUUAGACAAGAGGAGACUGAUGAACUCAGGUAAGUAAAGGCUUUCCCACAUAGAAAAUUAAUUUCACAAGUGACUUGGAUUUUGGAUUCUGCAUUCUGCUAAGUGCACAGUUCAGAGAGACAACCAUGAUAUCUAUUUCACCUUAUGUUCAGAUAAGAGACUAUAUUUUACUACCAAUUCAAAUUUUUUCCAGUGCAGCUUCAUUCUUCAUUAUGUUAUAAUAAGCAGGCACAGAUGCACAGGCUGCUCAGUGCCUCGAGUGUCAACAGUGGUUAGAUUCAAAAUAUUGGGUAUGACGAGAAAGGAGUGGCUUCUUCUUAAUCAGCUUUUGAUACGUCACACUGUCAAGAUGUCUGGUAGCACCCAGAGAGUGUUGAGAUCAGAGGUUCUGAAAAAUGAAAUUAUAAAGAAGAACAUUUUUAGGAAGUUAUCUGUUUGAGUUAUAUGCAGCUUAGCUUGAGUUGCUCUUCAGCCAUCUUUCUUUCACUCAGGGGCUCAUUCCAGUGAGGAAUUGAGAUAGGUGAGAGAUUGGACUUUUAUACCUUAUGUGAAAAAGAUAAUGAGUAGGACUGAUCUCAGGAUUUUCACCAUUUAAUUUGUUGUGGCAAUGGAUUUGCCAUAUGUAGGAUGGAAGAAGUCCUGUCAGAGAUGGACUAGUGAAGAAAAAGAAGAAAACCGCUCAAAUGUUAUAGAAACAGAAGUUUUCAAUAUGGU